CACACAGUAAGAUGAUCACGUCCAUCCAGAAGAGGGCACUUCAUAGCUCUGCUAAAUGUCUUGUGAGAGUUAAACCACCUCCACUUACAAUCAGACCUCCAAUUGCACCAACGGUGAAGAACUUUGAGGUCAAUGAUGACCAUCCUCUUUGGCAAUUCUUCCACGACAAGAAGUACUUGAGAUCGUAUGAGGACUUGGACAAUGCCGGUAGACCAUGGACUGUCCCAGAGUUGAGACGUAAGAGCUUUGAUGACUUGCAUAGUUUGUGGUAUACCUGUCUUAAGGAGAGAAAUAUCUUAGCCAGAGAGAUCCAAGUGCUCCAAGCGGAGAUUGAUCAACCUGACCAACAGUUCAUGGCCGCCAGCGAUAGAGUCCGUGAAACGAUGUGGAGGAUUAGACACGUUCUCAGUGAGCGUGCACAUGCACAACAGAACGCCAGAGAGGUCUUUGAACAGAGCGAAGAGGAGCUACUUGACGACUUCAAGAAGUACUACUUGGAUGCUUCGAAGGAUGAAGAUGCCGAUGUGCAAGACGCACUGAAACGUUUGCAGUUGGCGGUCUUUGGUAUAAGCGAGGUUAUAGAUGAGAACAAGGUGGACAAGCACUUCAUCAAAGGUAUCAAAUUCAUCUCAAACCUGAAAUUGGAACGCUACUCAUCCGAUCACGAAAAGUAUUCCGAGCUAACUCCCAUAACAGAUGCCGGUGAGGCACUUGUCAUAUUCCAUGCUGAGCCAACUGCUGAGAGUCUGAAUGAGAGUAUCGAUGCCGUAUUGGAGAUGAGACAAAAUGGCGUUAGCGUUGAUAGAUACGAUGAGAUUGAGACUAUUCAAGCAUACUUGAACAAGCUAUUGGAGGAGUAAAUGAGUUUCUAUUUCCCAUAACCGUUGUUAUAAUUACCUGUAUAUAAAUACUAAAAGAGAGAAAAAAGAACAAGUAUAUG